CCACAUUCCUAUUGGCUACGACAGUGAGUGGGCGGGAGCUGGAAUGAGACAGCAGCCAAUCAGAGAGUGAGUGUGUGCGUGGGAGAGAGGAGAGGUCCAAAUGAAAACCUGAUGUCUCUCACUCGUUGACAGAGACAGCCAAUCAUGGAUCAUCUCAACUUCUACUUCUAAAUGAACUUUCUGUUACCAAAGGAUAACUGGUCUUGGAUUUUUGGACAUUUUGUGGUUUGAUUGGAUAUUUCAAUUUUCUUCAGAGUUGUCAUUGGUCGGGAUGUCCUUGCAAUGUCUGAUGUCUGAUUGGAGGAUCACGUCUGAUGGUGGGCUGUGAUUGGCUGAAGAUGUUUGGUCGUUCUAAGUCGUCUUCUCCUGUCUCUGACCCUGGAGCUCUUCCUCGUCCUCAUCGUCGUCCUCCGUCGACCCCGCCCCUCCCUGUUAGGACACUGCAGCUGGUUGCUAAGCGACCAGAGACACCUGUUGUUUUACGAGAUCGUAGAAAGGUCAGAGGUCAGAGGUCAGGGGUCAGAGAGUCCUGGCCGGGUACCAAGCCAACCCCACCCUCAGCUCAACCAAUCACUGAGGUACAGCCCAGAGGCUGCAACCAAUCGCAUCACAUGACCCUGCUAUCUGCCCCGCCUCCUCGUCAUCAUUGGUCAAUCUCUAAUAGAGCUCCUCCCACUGGGCCGGGUUCCGAAGCCACCAUGAUGUCACUGCUGCUGUUCUGCCACAGUUCUUCCUGUAACAGUCUGGUUGCCAUCGACAGUAAAGUGGAACGAGCCAUGGACCUGGUGAAAACUCACCUGAUGGUCACCGUGAGGGAGGAGGCGGAGCUUCUGAGAGAAGCCAUCACAGAACUGCAGAAGAAGAACAAGGAGCUGGAGAGAGAGAACCACAACCUGAGAACACACAACUACACAUGAGACACAACUACACACACUCUGAGACACAACUAUACACACUCUGAGAAACAACUACACACACACUGAGACACAACUAGACACACUCUGAGACACAACUACACACACUCUGAGACACAACUACACACACUCUGACAAACAACUACACACACUCUGAGACAUAACUACACACACUCUGAGAAACAACUACACACACUCUGAGACACAACUACACACACUGAGAAACAACUAAACACACACUCUGAGACACAACUACACACACUCUGAGAAACAACUAAACACACACUCUGAGACACAACUACACACACUCUGAGAAACAACUAAACACACACUCUGAGACACAACUACACACACUCUGAGACACAACUACACACACUCUGAGAAACAAGUACACACACACUGAGACACAACUACACACACUCUGAGACACAACUACACACACUCUGAGACACAACUACACACACUCUGAGAAACAACUACACACACUCUGAGACACAACUACACACACUCUGAGAAACAACUACACACACUCUGAGACACAACUACACACACUGAGAAACAACUACACACACUCUGAGAAACAAGUACACACACACUGAGACACAACUACACACACUCUGAGACACAACUACACACACUCUGAGACACAACUACACACACUCUGAGAAACAACUACACACACUCUGAGACACAACUACACACACUGAGAAACAACUACACACACACAACUACACACACUCUGAGACACAACUACACACACUCUGAGACACAACUACACAUGAGACACAACUAAACACACUCUGAGACACAACUACACACACUCUGAGACACAACUACACACACUCUGAGACACAACUACACACACUCUGAGACACAACUACACACACUCUGAGACACAACUACACACACUCUGAGACACAACUACACACACUCUGAGACACAACUACACACACUCUGACACUCUCAUCAUUCAGUCAUUGAAUAUGAACUGCUCACCUUUGUGUGUUGCCUUGGUAACAAGUUUAAUAGACUGAUGAUCAUAUUUAUGAAUGGUGGUAACCGUGACAACUGGAGAUUUUCACUGUGAUGAAGAUGAUGAUGAUGAUGGUGAUUAUGAAGAUGAUGAUGAGGAGGGUGAUGAUGAUGAUGAUGAUGGUGAUUAGGAAGAUGAUGAUGAGGAGGGUGAUGAUGAAGAUGGUGAAGAUGAUGAUGAUGGUGAUGGUGAUGAUGAAGAUGAUGAAGAUGGUGAUGAUGAAGAUGAUGAUGAUGAUGAUGAUGAUGAUGAUGGUGAUGGUGAUUAUGAUGAUAGUGAUGAUGAAGAUGAUGAUGAUGAAGAUGGUGAUGAUGAAGAUGAUGAUGAAGAUGAUGAUGAAGAUGAUGAUGAUGAUGAUGAUGAUGGUGAUGAUGAAGAUGAUGAUGAUGGUGAUGAUGAAGAUGGUGAAGAUGAUGAUGGUGAUGAUGGUGGUGAUGAUGAUGGAGAUUUUGUUAUGUUUUUUUUACAUGUGUAUAUCUUUUACAUUUAUACUUAUAAAUCCUGUUAUGUGUAAACCUGCUUGACCAUAAAACCUUAUUUUGAUUCUAAUAUACUGUAAUAAAAAAACU